AUGGAGAACACUCAAGAUUACUCGCCACCCCACAUGGAUGCUUCUCGGCCUUCACUGGGAUUCCCUCUCGGCACAGCUCUGCUUCUCAUAAUCAUUUUCAGCCUCUCCGGAAUAUUCUCUUGCUGUUACCAUUGGGACAAACAUCGCUCUCUCCGCCGUUCUUUGGCCAAUGCCUCCGGUCAUCCCUCAGCCAACUCCGCCGACAUAGAGUCCUCUCCUUUCAAACCUAGACCCCCUUUUACGGAUUUAAAGAAAAACCAGAAUCUGAGCGUACCGGUGUUGAUGCCUGGAGAUAAUACGCCUAAAUUUAUAGCAUUACCGUGUCCAUGUGCACCACCUCGACAGGAGAAGCUCACCGUCGAUGUUCAAAGUCCGCCGCAUUCACCGCCUGUUAAGCCGCCGCGUUUUCCGGUUCCUCUGUAUUAG